CCGAACGGGGAAAUCGAACGGAAAGAAGGAUUCAAGCAGCAAAAGGAGCAUCUGUUGGAUCCCUGUUCCGCUGAACCAUGAGAAAUCAGUCGAUAUUUUCCUAAAAGAAAGGAAGCAGCUCACUUUAUUUAUUAAUUUUUUCCAAAAAAAAAAAAAAAAAAAAAAAAAAGAAGAAACCUGCCAGUGAUCGUCGAUGCGCGCAGCCAAAAAAUGACGACAGUGGGACCUUGAUUUUCUUUCUUCAGCUCGUAAUUUUGUCAUCUGGGCUGUAGUUGGUCUCCUGUGCGGACAGAUCAGGACUGGGAGCGGAAUCAUCUCCAAAAAAACCCCCCCACAAAGUGCGCACAGAGGUUUCAUCGCUGAAAGCGUAUUAUUACGCAGAUAUAUUUUGUAUUCGCACAGAUCGCGAGAGAGAUUUUGAACUUUCCAAUGAAAACUUACUUUGUGAGAACAGUUUGGUACAGGUCGACAAAGCCCCAGCCUUCGCUGGCGAGGAGAGAUUCCCGACGCAGCGCCUGAUGAGCCCGUGAAAGCUGGUGCUGCGAGCGGCGCGUUUGGACACCUUACCCUGACUGUGGCUGGAUGCUUUCCCCCCCCUUCUCAUAUGGCUUCUGUCUUGUAGAAAACCUGUACAUUAUUGAUAUUUCAUGGCUGUAGAGUGUAGCAACAGUAGUGUGCGGAGGAAGAGGACGGUGCGAGUCUAAGUGGGGCGAACACACCGCACUUUUAUCGCCUUUUAUUCCCACACAGGAGACAUUGCGCACGGCCAAUAAUAACCACUGCAGCAACUAUAAGCCGGGCUGAAAAAAACAAAGAAAAGAAAAAAAACAAACAAAGAAAACAAACAAAAACUACAACAUUAAAUCCAUUUUGAUUUCUUUCGCUGCUGUCAUCGUAGUAUGUCUGCACUUCGAAAGAAAUUUGGGGACGAUUAUCAGGUAGUGACCACCUCAUCUAGCGGGUCUGGAUUCAAUCAGCCUCCCCCGGAGAAAAAGAAGAAGAGGCAGAGGUUCGUGGACAAGAACGGGCGAUGUAACGUCCAGCAUGGGAACCUGGGUGGUGAAACCAGCAGAUACCUCUCAGACUUGUUCACAACACUAGUAGAUUUGAAAUGGCGCUGGAAUCUAUUCAUUUUCAUCCUCACCUACACGGUGGCUUGGCUCUUCAUGGCCUCUAUGUGGUGGUUCAUCGCAUACAUCAGAGGAGACCUCAACAAAGCCCACAAUGAUAAGUACACUCCAUGUGUGGCCAAUGUCUAUAACUUCCCAUCAGCCUUCCUCUUCUUCAUAGAGACAGAGGCCACCAUAGGAUACGGUUACAGAUAUAUUACAGACAAAUGCCCCGAGGGGAUCAUUCUGUUUCUUUUCCAAUCGAUCCUCGGAUCGAUCGUCGAUGCAUUUCUGAUCGGCUGCAUGUUCAUCAAGAUGUCUCAGCCCAAGAAGAGGGCCGAGACUCUGAUGUUCAGUGAACAUGCGGCGAUUUCUAUGAGAGAUGGAAAACUCACUCUCAUGUUCAGGGUCGGCAACUUGCGUAACAGCCAUAUGGUCUCUGCACAGAUCCGCUGCAAACUGCUGAAAUCUCGUCAGACCCCCGAAGGCGAGUUCCUUCCGCUGGAUCAGCUGGAGCUGGACGUGGGCUUCAGCACCGGGGCAGACCAGCUCUUUCUCGUUUCACCGCUCACCAUCUGCCAUGUGAUUGACACCAAAAGCCCCUUUUAUGACCUCUCGCAGAGGUCCAUGCAAACAGAGCAGUUUGAGAUCGUGGUGAUACUCGAAGGCAUCGUCGAGACCACAGGGAUGACUUGCCAAGCAAGGACGUCUUACACUGAGGACGAGGUUCUGUGGGGACACCGCUUCUUCCCGGUCAUAUCCUUGGAGGAAGGCUUCUUCAAGGUGGACUACUCUCAGUUUCAUGCCACGUUCGAGGUGCCCACCCCUCCUUACAGCGUGAAGGAACAGGAGGAGGCUCUGCUCCUCUCCUCGCCUCUCAUGGCGCCAUCCCUGUGCAACAGCGGGGAGAAAAACAGCUCUCUUAACUGCCUGGAAACCCUGGAGGACAAUGACAGCACCACCAAGCUGCCUACCAAGCUCCAGAAGAUGUCGGGGCGGGACGGCCUGCCUAAGAAGCUGCUGAGGAUGAGUUCCACCACCUCAGAGAUGACUUACAGCUUUGGAGACCUGCCCAUGAAGCUGCAGCGAAUCAGCUCCGUUCCCGGCGUCUCUGAUGAUAAGAUGGCUGGUAAGGCUGGAAGGAUCAGCACAGAGCCCAUCAGUAGGUCAGUGGCGGACUUACCUCCCAAGCUGCAGAGGCUGGCUGGGGGUGGAGGGGGAAGGAUGGAUGGGCACCUGCCACCUAAACUUAGAAAGAUGAAUUCGGAUCGCUUUACAUAAAGCUGACGGCACAUUUCAAGUCCCGUUCCCAACCUAAAGUCCUUGUUCUACUCCUAAUUUAUCAAUGGACACAAUUCUUAUAUUCAAGGAAAUAAAGAGUAUGUGCACAAAUAAACCUUAUACGAAGUAUCGUGAUGAAAAUGAGCACCUUUGUCCCUGGAGGUAUGUGUACAUACAAUAAUGAAAGACCUCUGAUAUUUUUUUCCUUUCUUUUUUUAUAGGAUGAUGUACAAUUAGCACAAUCUGGCAUGUAAGAAACAGCGCAUGUAGAUCCGAAUCUCAACUUCUGGCAUGGCAUUUGUUGAUAUAUUAUUUGACAAAAAGAAUUUCAUUGCUGAAUUUACAGACGAUGGAGAAAUUGCACAAAGCCAUAUGAUUUACAAUAUGGAAAACCCACAUGACAUGGUUCUGAUUUCUAGUGACGAAGACAUACGUUUGUUUUGAGUUGAUUGCUUUUGUUGUUUAAUGUAAACUCGUGGCAAUGUUACGUUGAUUGCAUGCUCCUCUUACUGACUUAGCUAUACAAAGGUAAUAGACAAAGAUGUUUAGCCUUAACUAUAUUACCUUGUUUCCAUUUCCAUGUUUGUUCACAGCUGUAUUUUUGGUAUUUCAUAUAUAGACUAUUUUGCCAUGUGCAACUAUAUGACUUUAUUAGCUGAUCAGAUAUGGAACAUUUACAAGAGCAUUAAUUGCAUCGGUUUGAACAGGGGGGCACAAUGCUGCGCAAUUUUCACUCGCUUACUGGCGCAACAAUUAAGUUGAAGCGUUCAAUAUUUAUAAUUGAUAAGCACAAAACAAUCAUUAUAUAAUACCCUGUGAUAUUAAAAUGCAUUCAGGGGCAUUUUGCCUCAUAAUCUAACAAAAUGCCAAGUAGGCAGAUGUUGUCUGAGCUCCAUUAGAAUUUCUACUUGGGUGUUAGUGGUCAGAUCUGAUGGGCAUCUAAGAAAAUAAUAAUAUUUGUCUCAAGGGCCCAUAAUUUCCUUUGUGAUGAAAGCAAUAAUGUAUAAUGACUAUAAUCUCUCGCCACAGGGUCGACUGCAUCCCCAUAUUCAUUCUGUUUACUCAGUCCAUGCCAUGAAAUCUGGUUUUCUCUAAAUGCAUCAUAGACAUUGUAUGAUACCCAAUCUGUUCAGGAAUAAAGAUUUAACAUACACGUUUA